GGGAGAUUUAUGUUGCAACCUUCUUCUGGCUCCAAGUCCCAACAGCAAAAACUUCCACAAAUUUGUUCCUUUUUUCUUAUAACUUUCAAAAUGAUUUUGACCCUUUUUUUGUUUUGUUUUAAAUUUUGGUGUUAAUUCCCCAAUUCUCCAAUAUCUAUAAAAUCGAUUGCUUCACGAAAGCAGGGCUUUCAAAGGAGCUCAAGUUUUGGACGACAAUGGAGGGUCUCGCUUCCCUCACAACAAUUCCCAACGUUUCCUUUCAACCCGUCUCCUCUUCCACUCGCAGGUCAAAGUUUCUUUCCAGACGGUUGAAUCUCGGGCCUUCAAUGGACUCUUUUUUGAGGAAUUCAAUCACUCUUGCCUCUUCUUCUUCUUCUUCUUCUUCUCCCAUGUCCACUCCCAUCCGAGCUCAACAGAUAGAGUCAGAGACUGGGUCAGCUGCGGCUUCCCCAGUUACUGAAUCAGAAGAAAAUGCUUUGAAAGUGAAGGAAUGGGAAGUGGGGAUGUUCCAAGAUGAAGUGGCAGCAAGUCAAGGCAUUAGGAUUCGUCGCAGGCCGCCCACUGGACCGCCAUUGCAUUAUGUUGGACCCUUUCAGUUCAGAUUACAGAAUGAAGGGAACACUCCUAGGAAUAUUUUGGAGGAGAUCAUAUGGUACAAGGACAAGGAAGUUUCACAGAUGAAAGAAAGAAGGCCUCUCUUUGCGUUGAAAAAGGAUCUUGAGAGGGCCCCUCCUGCUAGAGAUUUCCUUGGAGCUCUCAAAGCUGCCUACCUUAGAACUAAUUUGCCUGGUUUGAUCGCUGAAGUGAAAAAGGCUUCUCCUAGCAGAGGAGUUCUAAGAGAGGAUUUUGAUCCUGUUGAGAUUGCCCAAGCGUAUGAGAAAGGUGGAGCAGCAUGCCUUAGCGUUCUCACAGAUGAAAAGUUUUUUCAGGGAAGCUUUGAGAAUCUGGAGAAGAUAAGGAAUGCCGGAGUGAAGUGCCCUCUCUUGUGCAAAGAAUUUGUGGUUGAUGCAUGGCAGAUCUACUAUGCCCGAUCCAAAGGUGCCGAUGCCAUUCUUUUGAUUGCUGCUGUUUUGCCUGAUCUUGACAUUAAAUAUAUGGUGAAAAUCUGCAAGAUGGUCGGUUUGACCCCCCUUGUUGAGGUUCACGACGAGAAGGAAAUGGAUCGUAUGCUUGCAAUUGAAGGCAUCGAGCUUAUUGGCAUCAACAAUCGAAAUCUUGAAACAUUCGAGGUCGAUAUCAGCAACACCAAAAAGCUUCUUGAAGGAGAGCGUGGACAAAAGAUCCGCGAGAAGAAUGUUCUCAUAGUGGGAGAAUCCGGGCUGUUCACUCCUGAUGAUAUUGCUUAUGUGCAAGAAGCUGGUGUUAAAGCUGUUCUGGUUGGCGAGUCAAUUGUGAAACAGAGCGACCCAACGAAGGGAAUAACCGGACUUUUUGGUAAAGACAUCUCUGUUUAAGCUUGAAGAAAAUUGAAACUGUUGUAUUUUCAAUAUGUUGGUUGCCCCCAUUCGGCUCUAAUUUUAUUUACCUAUAUGGUAUUUCAAGCUGUAAGUGAUCAAAUAGAGUCUGGAUUGUCCUGCCUUCCAAAAUGGAAAAAUAAAGCAUGCGUUAUGCAUUAAUACAAUAAAUGUUGUAGGAUACCA